GGCUUGCGACCAUGGAACCAAUUCACACGUUAAUUCUCGCGUUAACUCAGACUUAACUCUCUCGGACAACGGUUGUCUACGGAAAACACACAACCGGACCUACGCUCUUCUCAUCUUGGUCUGUGCGUGUAUCGUCAACACUGGUUUUCCAUAACUGCCUUGGAUCCCACUGUCAUUUGGUUCUUGCUUUUUCAUGCAGCAUUUCUCAGAUGCACCCGCAGUUGUCCGAUAAACGAAUAGUCUGCAGGGAAUUCAUCCAGGCACUCGAUGCAUGCCAUGUUAACAGCUGGGCGCGACUAACCGGUGGUUGCAAUCAAGAAAAGGAUAGCCUUAACCAGUGCCUUCGAAAAGAGCGUGUCGAACGCUCGACUCGUAACCGCACACAGGCCAAAGAACAACGUUUGAAGACGGAACAGGUUUGGAAGGAACUUCAUCAAGAUGAUUAACUCUAGACUUUCCGCCACAUCACACCUCUCACGUAGUCAACAUACGCACGCAUGUGUUUUCUGAUAUCGUCAAAAUUGUCUCACAGAGACUUGACAAAUGUUGGGAUUCGUUCAAGCAUCUCCCACCUGCAAAGGGAAAACGAUGUUGCGAAAUGGCCUCAUCUCGAACAGUAAUAAGAGAGCGCCC